AUGGGGCCAUUCCCUCAAUCUUUCGGGAAUCUUUACAUAUUGGUGGCCGUAGAUUAUGUUUCCAAAUGGGUGGAAGCAAUAGCUAGUCCAACCAAUGAUGCCAAGGUGGUUAUGAAAUUUUUGCCUGCGGGAAAGGCUCAAAAAUUGCAAUUAAAUGAGUUAGAUGAGUUGCGUUUGUUUGCCUAUGAAAAUGCCAAGUUAUACAAGGAAAAGAUGAAGUGGCAUGAUAGUAGGAUCAAAGAGAGCGUUUUUGUGAAAAAUCAACAAGUGUUGUUGUUUAACUCAAGAUUGAAGCUAUUUCUGAGAAAGCUCAAGUCCCGUUGGUCGGGUCCAUUUACGGUGAUGGAAGUGUAUCCUUUCGGGGCUGUUGUGGUAAAAGAUGAGAAGUCCAGAAGAGAAUUUAAGGUCAAUGGACAACGAUUGAAACAUUAUUGGGGAGUAGAGGUCAAUCGAGAAAAGACUUCUGUCUCCUUGGAGGAUGCUUGA